AACACGACCCAAGUCGCAGAGACAGCAAAGAGAUGAGAGCCAGUCCAACGCCAUUAUCUUCUUCUCACCUCCACCCACUCCUCGGCUCAUUCGCCGCCGCCCGGCGGCUCCAUCGUCGAUAUCCGCCACAGGGGAAUCUGGGUUCUGACGACCAUUACCAGAACAACGCCACCAAGUACUGGGACAAGUUCUACAAGCGCCACCAAAACAAGUUCUUCAAGGACAGGCAUUACUUGGAGAAGGACUGGGGAGCGUACUUCUCUGAUGAUCAUUGUGGUACCUCAUCAACCAAUGGGAAGGUCCUUUUGGAGGUUGGCUGUGGAGCUGGCAAUACUAUCUUUCCACUUGUGGCUGCUUAUCCCAAACUUUAUGUUCAUGCUUGUGAUUUCUCGCCCCUUGCAAUUGAACUUGUUAAGUCUAAUGUAGAUUUCAGAGGAGAUCGUGUAAAUGCAUUUGUCUAUGAUGUUGCAAGUGAUGACCUUAGUGAUAAAAUUAAACCUUCAUCUGUUGAUGUCAUUACCUUGAUUUUCAUGUUAUCUGCAGUUUCUCCAAACAAGAUGCCCCUGAUUCUACAGAACCUGAAGAAAGUACUAAAGCCACAUGGUGUUGUUCUUGUACGGGAUUAUGCUAUUGGAGAUUUCGCCCAAGUGAAGCUCCGAGAUAGGAAUCAGAAAAUCAGUGAGAACUUUUAUGUCCGAAGGGAUGGUACUUGCUCGUUUUACUUCUCUGAAGAUUUCUUGUCAAACUUGUUUUCAAGAGCUGGCUUCACUACUGUAGAUGUCAACAUAUAUUGCAAACAGAUAGAGAAUCGUUCUCAGAAUGUAACUAUGAAUAGGCGAUGGAUACGUGCCAUAUUCAGCAACUUUGGUUGCAAUGUUCCUGAUGCUGGUCCGAUUUGAGGACUUUGACUGGUGACAGUUUUGGUGAAACAUGGACUCAAUGAUCGCCCAAGUAUGCUGGUGGAACUGUGGAGAAGUUCUUAACUAAAAGGCUUAUACGCUUUCUAUCUUGUGGCCUUAACUAAAAGGCUUGUUUGUUUCCUAUCCUGCCAAAGAGAACUAAAGAUGGAAGUUUCUGGUAAGACAGAAAGCUUUUGCGGCUGAAGUGAUGAAUUGAAGAAGCUUGUCCAACCCAACUCAAAUUCAAAGAAUUAAUUGUAAAGAAGAUCCUACUCUCCUACAAGCUCAGUUGAACCUGAAUAAAUAUUUGAAAGAAGGCGGUAUAUCUGCAAGGACUUGGUGUCUUGCCCCAUUCAGUCCUACAGUGUUUUUUAACAAUCAUGAUUUAUUCAAGUAUGUGAUAUAUAAUUCCAAUGAUUCAGGUGUAUGGGUGUUGUAUUCCCUGAGGAGAACUGACUCCUUUCUACCUAAUGAAAGAUGGCCUGGUUUAUAAUUCA